AUGAGUCGGUCCACAGAUUCUCUACUCAAUCCCAGUGCGAAGAUCGCACUGGCUGUAUGGUCUGGCAUUAAAGAGAACCUUAUUCACACCCAGCCAAAAAAGCGCCCAACAUACUCACCACCUCUCAUAACACUUAAAGCCACUACAAUGACCAUCCUCAUCACUGGCGGAACUGGCAAGACCGGCUUCAAGCUUGCCAAACUCCUUCAUGCCGCGAACCACUCCGUCCUGAUCACUUCACGCAAGGGCGUCGCUCCUGAGCCAUUCAAGGCGGUGACCUUCGACUGGAACGAUGCGUCGACGUUCGAGAACCCGUUCAAGGCUGACGCGAACAUCAACAAGGUCUACCUCGUCGCGCCGAGCGUGUUCGACGCGCUACCCGUGGCCAAGCCCUUCAUCGACCUGGCGAUUUCCAAGGGCGUGAAGCGGUUCGUCUUGCUCAGCGCGACUCAGCUACAGAAGGGCGGCGUGUUCAUUGGCAAGAUCCACGAGUACAUCGCCAGCCUCGGUGUUGAGUACACAGUCCUUCGCCCCACUUGGUUCAUUGAAAACUUCGGGUCCUUGUUCAUCCACAGCAUCAAUAAUAGCAACACCGUCGCAUCUGUGACCAAGAAUGGCAAAAUCCCCUUCAUCGGUGUCGACGACAUCGCAAAAGCCGCCUUUGACGCCCUCCUCGCCGAGAAGAGCUCCAACAGCGACUUCUACGUCGUUGGCCCCGAGCUGUUGACAUACGACCAGGCCACCGAGAUUCUGAGCGAGGUCAUUGGACGCAAGAUCACCCACACGCACAUCACAAACGAGCAGGAGCAGGGAUUCUUUAGGUCAAUCGGAAUGUCGCCAGAAUACGCCGCCAUGUUAAACGGUAUGGAGGCUGCCAUCGCCGAUGACGCUGAGGAGAAGUUGGUCGGCACAAGCAAGACGAUCACGGGCACCCACAAGCUCCGCGACUACUUCGAGGCGAACAAGGCGCUCUGGACCAAGUAG